AUGAGCUACUGCGGCGGCUACUACGGAGGCCUGGGCUACGGCUAUGGCUAUGGCCUCGGUGGCCUGGGAUAUGGCUGUGGCUAUGGCGGUGGCUAUGGCGGCUACGGAUAUGGACCUUUCUAUGGAGGCUACGGAUAUGGCUGCUAUCGAUCUUGCCUUGAACAGCAAACCAAACUCAACACCCCUGACACCAUGAGCUACUGCGGCGGCUACUACGGAGGCCUGGGCUACGGCUAUGGCUAUGGCCUCGGUGGCCUGGGAUAUGGCUGUGGCUAUGGCGGUGGCUAUGGCGGCUACGGAUAUGGACCUUUCUAUGGAGGCUACGGAUAUGGCUGCUAUCGUCCAUGGAACUAUGGAAGAUACUGGUCUGGAUGCUGCUGA